AUGUCCGUCGAAGUCCUCAAGACCAUCUCGCCCACGACCAACGAGCCCGUCGUCACCCGCAACGGCGUCUCCCAGGCCGACUUAGAUGAGCUCCCCACCACCGCCACCAAGGCCUUUGAGUCUUGGAGCAAGACCUCCCUGGCCGACCGCCAGUCCAUCGUCAAGAAGGCGCUGAAGCUCCUCCUCGAGAAGAAGGAUGAGCUCGCCGAGGAGCUCACCGUGCAGAUGGGCCGCCCAUCGCCUACACCGGCGUCGAGGUCGCCACCGCGCGACGAGGUGCUCAAGGACACCGACGGCGAGCCGGAGAAGGGCUUCAAGCGCUUCAUUCGCAAGGUCCCCGUGGGCCCGGUUCUUGUCCUCUUCGCGUGGAAUUACCCCUACCUCAUCUUGGUCAACUCCCUCAUUCCCGCCCUGCUGUCGGGAAACACCGUCAUCCUGAAGCCGUCGCCGCAGACGCCCACGAUUGUGGAGCGCGUGGCCGAGGUGUUUGAGGCGGCCGGCCUCCCGGCCGGCGUGCUGCAGUACUUCCACUGCGGCUCGCCAAUCAUGAUCGAGUCCAUCGUCCGUAACCCCAAGGUCAAACUCGUCGCCUUCACCGGCUCCGUGGCUGGCGGACUCGCCGUGCAGCAGGCUGCGUCAGACCGUGUCGUCAACGUGGGACUCGAGCUGGGUGGCAAAGAUCCCGCCUACAUCCGUGACGAUGUCGACAUUGAUUGGGCGGCGGCGGAGAUCGUCGAUGGCGCCGUCUUCAACUCGGGGCAGAGCUGCUGCUCCGUCGAGCGCGUGUACGUCGCCGACAAGAUCCACGAUGCCUUUGUCGCGGCUGUCCAGAAGGUUCUCGAGGGGUACAAGCUGGGAGACCCCUUCGACAAGGGCACGCACGUCGGGCCCGUGAUCUCGAAGCGGUCCAAGGAGACGAUCGAAUCGCACAUCAAGGACGCCAUCGCCAAGGGCGCCACCGACGCAACUCCCGCCAACGAGACGUUUAGCAACCCGCCGCCCAAGGGCAACUUUGUCAAGCCCACGCUGCUGACCGGCGUGGACCAUUCGAUGACGGUGAUGACGGAGGAGACGUUUGGGCCGGUGAUUCCUGUCCAGCGGGUCAAGAGUGACGACGAGGCUGUGCAGCUCAUGAACGACAGCGAGUUUGGCCUGACGGCCAGCAUAUGGACCAAGGACACGGACCGGGGCUACGAGCUCGCGGACCAGGUGGAAGCGGGUACCGUCUUCGUGAACCGCUGCGAUUACCCCAGCCCGGACCUGGCAUGGACGGGAUGGAAGAACUCGGGCAAGGGACAAACCCUCAGCCGCUUCGGCUUCGACCAGUUUGUCAAACUCAAGAGCUACCACCUCAAGGACUACCCCAAAUGA